AUGCCCGGCCUCGGCCUCCUCCUCCUCCUGCUGCUGCUGAUCCGGGCUUCCUGCCCCGACCAGGGCCCCGUGAUCCGCAACCUCCGCGUGGACCCCGAGCGGCGGCGGCUGCUGUGGGAGCUGCGUGUUCCGGCGUCGGGCGUGCGGUGCGCGCGGGAUGGGGGUUCGGCCAGGCUGGCGCACGAGCAGCGGCUGUGCGAGUUCUUCACGAUGUCGCGCUGCGCCGUCAGCAACUACACCGUGACGGUCGAGGACCCGCCGGCCGCCGCCUCGCUGCUCUACCCGCCGCCGCCCUUGAACCCCGGGGCGGCGCCGCGGAACCUGAGCUGCUGGGUGCACGACGUGGGGCGGCUGAGCUGCGCCUGGGCCCCGGGCCCCGCCGCCCCCGCCGGCCUGCGGUACGCGCUGCACUGGACGGACGGGUCCGGGCGGCUCCGCCCCUGCCCCGAGUACGCGCGGGACCGUCAUGGCCGCCGCACGGGCUGCCUCUUCCCCGACGUCUCCGCGCUGCCCAGCCCCUUCCGCGCCACGGUGACGGCGGACGGCGACGCCCCGGGCCCCGCGCCCUGCGCCGACCUCGCCGUCAUCCCCGAGGUCGUAGAGCGGCUGAGCCCCCCCAACGUCACCGGCGCCUGCAACGCCAGCGUGGCCGCCCUGGCCUGGGCCCCGCCCACCCGCUUCAGCCCCGCCCUCAAGUACCGGCUGCGCCUGCGCAAGGAAGCGACGCCGUCGUCGCCUGCGCAGGAGACCGUGGAGGAGGACCUGGACGCCGCCUCCCACCGCAUCCCCAACCCCGGAACCUUCUGGGCCCAGCUCGCCGCCCGCCGCCCGCCGGGGGGGCUGUGGAGCCCGUGGGGCGGCGCCCGGCCCCGCCCCCUGACUUCCGGGUCGCGCAGAGUGCGGCGGGGUCGUGACCCCGCGACCCCCGCCGGGCCCCGCGGUGGCGCUGGCGGCGCUGGGGGCCCUGGGCGCCGGGCUGGCUGCACUGCUACUGCUGACCUCCAGGCUCUGCCCGCGCAUCCCGGGCCUCAAGGACCCCACGGGAGGCGCCGCGCUGCCGGACCCGGACCUGGCGCCCCGGGAGGACGACUGUCCCGUGACGCCGCUGCACGUGCUCUCCGAGGCCCCAGCAUCCUUUGGGUGCUGAGUGUUAAGUCCUCCCCGGCCGACGACGCGGCCCCGCCCCCUGACCCCCAUCACCAUAGCAACAGCACGGCCGACCCCAUGACGCUGCAUCCUCCAGGAGGCCGGAAACGGGUCCAGGAAACCGGAAGCGAGGCUCCCGGGGACCGGAAGUCGGUCCAGGACACCGGAAGUGGCCCCAAGUAA